AUGCGCACUGCUGAGGCUGCCGUCAAUGAGGCGGUGGUGGAAGAGGGGGAAAGGGUGAGAACGGCGCGCCUGCGCAGUAGCUACAAGGAUGGCCAAGGGAGGAAAGCAGUUGUCCCUGGGAAAGCGAGCGCCUAUAUAGGCCAGUGGCACGAGCCAGGUUGCCGCAGAGAAAGGAUGGCUCCCCUGCUGCAGCUGGCUCUGACCUUCUGGCUGGCCCUGGGGGCGGUGGCGCAGUGCCCGGAGCCCAGCGCCCUGCGGGACGUGGACGGGGUGCGGGUGUGCGCCCGCCUGUACGAGGACAGCGACGUGCUCUAUGACCGCUGCUGUGGUGGGGGCUACAUGGACAUCCAGAGCCCGGCCGACGUGCCCAGCAUCGAGCGCUUCUGGAACGACCGGGUCUCCUCGCUGGUGGUGGGGCCCCGCUGCGAGCUGACCGUGUGGAACAAACGCAACAAGCGCGGGUACCGACGCAAGUUCCGCACCGGCGUCCAGUACCGGCUGGAGGAGGUGGGCAAGGGGCUGUUCGGAAACUGGGACAACUCCAUCACGUCCUACUACUGCGUGUGCAACUGA